UUGCUAAUUACCGAAAUUCUGUCGAAGAGCUUGUUAAGUCUGAGCCAUAGGAGCCUGUCAAUUUUCAGAAAAGUGGUGCGGCAGUAUAAUAAGAAUGCUACUGAGUUAAAUGGUCUUGAGACUUGCACUAUUGCUGGAAAGAAGAAUGAUAAGGCAAUUAAUGAAGAUCUUCUGAAGGAUGAGAUUGUUUCUAAACAUCUAACUAGAAUGGAUCCCAAACAGAAGAUGAAAGUUAUUGUCUGCUUGAUUUUACAUUUCGAAUUAAUGAAUGACCUUAUGGUUAAGUUAUUGAUGAUUUGCUAUAUUUUGAUUAUAUUGCAAUUGAAAAAAAAGAAAAGAAAAUGGAAUGAUAGUUAUAGUAGGCAAGUAAUAAGAGAUGUUAGUAUUGAUAGAAUUAUUUAUUUUAGUGAUCUAGCAUGUAUAGAAAACACAAGAAUGGAUAGAUGUGCUUUUCAUGCAUUGUGUAACAUGCUUAAAAGGGUUGGAAGGUUAGAACCAAGUAGGAAUAUGGGUGUGGAAGAAAUGGUUGCCAUGUUUUUACAUAUUAUAGCACAUGACGUCAAAAUUAGAGUAAUAAAGAGACAAUUUGUGAGAUCUGAAGAAACAAUUAGUAGGAGGUUUAAUGAUGUAUUGCUUGCUAUUUUGAGAUGUCAUAAUCUCUUAUUGAAGAAACCUCAACCAUUUAGCCAGGAUAGAAUGGAUGAACGAUGGAAAUGGUUUAAGGAUUGCCUAGGAGCCUUAGAUGGUACUCAUAUCAAAGUCAAUGUCCUUGAGGCUGACAAGCCUAGAUAUCGAAACAGAAAAGGUGACAUAACAACCAAUGUGCUUGGAGUGGUUGCUCCCGAUAUGUAAUUUAUCUACGUACUGGCGGGUUGGGAGGGUUCAGCUGCGAAUUCUAGGGUAUUGCGAGAUGCACUAUUUUGCAAUGGGUUUAGUAUUCCCCAAGGUCAUUAUUACUUAUGUGAUGUUGGAUAUAUGAAUUGUGAAGGAUUUUUGGCACCUUAUAGAGGACAAAAAUAUCAUUUGAGUGAGUUUAAUCCACAUAAUCAACCCAGUACAGCUCAAGAGUUUUUUUUUUAAUAUGAAACACUCACAAGCUAGGAAUGUCAUUGAAAGGGCAUUUGGAGUAUUGAAAGCAAGAUGGGGAAUUUUGAGGGGAAGAUCAUUUUAUCCUAUUAAGACUCAAGGAAGAAUUAUAACUGCUUGUUGCCUUUUGCAUAAUCAUAUUAGAAGAGUGAUGGUUGUGGAUCCUAUUGAUGAGAUAGAAGAUCAAAAUAUACUUGGAGUAGAUGGUGAGACGAUCCACCAUAUUGAAACGAGUGAUGCUUGGGGUAGAUGGAGAGAUCAACUUGCACAAGAAAUGUGAAACCAAUGGAGGAGAAGACAUCAUGCUCGAUAAUUGUAAUAAUUUUUCUAUGUGUGAGGUUGUCUGUCGUAACAUUGAUUUCAUUUUGUUUAUGUGUUUGUGUUCUUGUAUAAGAGUUGUGCAUGUAUGUUUAUUAGUGCAAGUAAUUUUUUACUUUUGAGACUUCUUUGUAACUUUCAUUUGGAUAAUAGUAAUGUUUUUUUAGUG